UAUGGAUGAUUAUAUUGCAUUUGCAUAAAAAUAUAAAGAAGUUUGCAAAUGCAUUAUCAUUUACAUAAAGGAAGCUCAUUUUGUUGAAAGAGAUGGGGAAGGUAAAUUUGUAGAUGGAUGGCCUAUUGGAUUUUAUGAAUAUGAAUAUCCAUAACACAAAACUUAAGAGGAUAGAUUCAAGAUGGCUAAAAUACUUAAAACAUAAUAUCAUAUUCCUGAUGAUUUCGAAAUUUUUUUGGAUGUAUUCCCAUAAAAUUUAUUUGAUGAAACAUUUGGAAUUUGGCCAGAUAAUAUGAUUGUAUUUAAAGAAUCUAAAUUUAUAUGGAGAGGUACUGUAAACUUAGAUGGUUCAAGAGAAAAAUAUCAUUCUAAAUUACUAGAGGAUCAUUUAUAAAAACUUAAAUAUUGAGUUUAUUUGAAUAAUAAUCAUUUCCAUGAAUUCUAUUAGUAG